AAAUCGUUAGCUAGCUAACAAUUAGCUGGCUAUUUUUUAUUUAUUUAUUGCUACAAUCAAAUAUAUUAGAGUAUAGUUAGGUUAGCAAGUUACAGUACUAGAGUAACGUCAGCACAACUAUGGAAAACAUCAGUUCAUGAUGUGAUCAAUAUCCGAUAUAAAUUUAAUUCGGCGUUGUUACCAGACAUCAAGUGAAGUCAAAGGGCCAGCCUCUGUAAUCUGAGCAGAAUGAGACAGAGCCCAAGAAGGCCCCUGAUCCUCAAGAGGAGGAAGCUGCCUUUCCAGGGAAAUGAACCAGCAAUUGAUGAGCCCGAUGGACUACGGCGCAAGGAAGCAUCCACAUCCAAACCCUCAGGUGGCCAGUGUUUUCCUGAUGGCAUCCGUAUCAUGGACCAUCCCACUAUGCCUGGCACACAAGUGGUUGUCAUCCCCAAAACUGCAGACCUUCAGAGUGUAAUUGGGGCCCUCACUGCCAAGGGGAAGGAGUGUGGCUCUCAAGGACCAAACAAAUUCAUCCUUCUAAGUGGUGGCGGCUCUAUCAAGGAUGGUGCAGAUUCUUCCUGUCAAUCUACCUAUAUGGGAGGUCGCAGCUCUGGUAGGAGUAGCAUAGCUCUUGUCACAGAGAAAGCAACAACAAUGGACUGCCUACAGGAUACUAAGACUUUAACUACAAUUAAACCAUUGAAUAGGGACCUUGAUUGCAGUCCACUAGAUGACAGCCUUACUAACAUUCAGUGGCUUGGGAGGAUGAAUACAGACAGUCUUGGACCAGAUCCUGCUAAGAAAGCUGCCAACAAAGAGAAUCAUGAUGCUUGCCAACAGAUUCUCCAGUCACAAAGUGAGCGAAUGGAAGCACACAGGGUUGUCAAAGACCCCUUGUCAGAGAGACCACCCUACUCAUACAUGGCGAUGAUUCAGUUUGCCAUCAACAGUAAGAAGAGCAGGAGGAUGACAUUGAAAGAGAUCUACACUUGGAUUGAGGACCACUUUCCAUAUUUCAGAAAGGUGGCCAAGCCAGGCUGGAAGAAUUCCAUCCGCCACAAUCUCUCCCUGCAUGACAUGUUCAUCCGUGAGACGACACAAGAUGGCAAGGUCUCCUACUGGACCAUCCGCCCAGAGGCCAAUCGCUGCCUUACUCUUGACCAGGUUUACAAGACUGAGUCUGAUCCAACUUCCAUCUCGCCUCGGACCAUGCAGGUCUAUGACCAACACCAACAGAAGAGAAUUGCUCCUGAAAUCAAGAAAACAUCUGGCGGUGCCCCUGAGAGGAAGAUGAAGCCCCUUCUUCCUCGUGCAGACUCCUACCUAGUCCCCAUCCAGCUGCCUUUCACCCAGUCACUCUUCCUGUCCUCGUCCACACAGCUUCCUCUCUCUGCCCCCCAGCAGAAAUCUAGCUCCUCAGGAGGGGGCAAGAGGGUCCGUAUAGCUCCCAAGGUUACGUACAGUGAUGCCUCCACAGUGAUGCUGUAUGCUCCUCCCAUUGAGGAGAUGAAGGAGGAGCAGGUCUGUGUGCCCCUGACCCCCGUUACCCCUAGGGCUGUUCUGACCAACGCCAGGAGGGAAGUCAGCAGCUCCCGUCGCAAGCAGCGCCUCGUCCUACCUUCCAACGAGGAGCCCGUGCUCCUCUUCCCCGACAGCACCUUCUUCGACUCGGGCCUGGCCUCCGACGGCUCCGCGUUCCAGGACGCCGAGCUCGACCCCCGGCCGGAGCCUAACAGCCCCUGCAGGGAGUACUCUUUCAAGACCCCCGUCAAGAGCAGCCACCCAGCCUCCUCCACCCCCAGCAAGCCACCCACUGUGCUGCUAGAGCCCUGGAGGGUGACCCCGCUGGGCAAGGAGAGAGGUGGCAUGCUGGACUUCAGCCCCAUCCGCACCCCAGGCUCCAGCUUCACCCCGCACCACCAUGACCACACCCCCUUCAGCUUCAGUAGCACUCCUUUUAAGGACCUGCCCUUGUUCAACUCCCCUUGUGAGCUGCUCACCUCGGCACGCUCCUCAUCCGCGGCUGGCCCCACCGACACCUACUCCCCGGGGCCAGAGCGUCUGCAGGGCUGCUCCAGAGAGCUCCAGAUCGGGGGUCCCUCCACAGCCAACCGCUCCCUUACGGAGGGCCUGGUCCUGGACACCAUGAAUGACAGCCUGAGCAAAAUCUUAGUGGAUAUCAGCUUCUCUGGCCUGGAGGAUGAUGAUCUGGGUAUGGGGAACAUCAGCUGGUCUCAGCUCAUCCCUGAACUCAAGUAGCCACUGCCGAGCAGAGAGCGCGACCCUUUCCAAGUUCUUUGCUAGAUGAGAAGGAUGCCAUAGUCUCAUCAUUACCCAAGCUGCUCACAUAUCGUCUUCCAAUCUGUAAAUGUGGGAGUUUUCUUUCUUAGGUUUUUCCUUUGUCAUUGGUUGCCUUUGUCACUACUAACCUGUCUUCUUCCACUCCUUUUUUCUGUCGCUUGGUUGUGUUUCAUGCCACAAGCUUAAGCUACCAUAUUUUUAUAACAAUUCACUGCCUCCCACGAUAGUCUUCAAGGAACUGCUAGAGAACAUAAAAGUAUGUCUGAGUUGUAUGUUGAUGUUUGUAGCCUACAUUUAAUAUGUAUGUUUAAUUUGCACAUUUUGUAAUAUGUUUUGCUCUUUCAAAUGUAAAUGUAAACAUAGAUUCAUCAAACUAUCCAGUGAGACUGACACUACCAUGCUAGAAUAUAAGACCUGGGGCCUCCUCUGAAAGUGAGCGAGUCUCCAUUUGAUGGGAUCUCUAAAAGGACGUACAGAUGACCAACCACCAAUGAGAGAAAUUAAUCAAAUGACUAACAACAAGGACUGUCUACAGCCAAAGGAGAUGCCAUUUUUUGAUUGACCAAGUCAACACUUAUUCUAGUGCACUUUUAUAAUUUAUUCUGGGUAUGACACAUCAAUGUCCAAUCUGCUUUGUGAACUUUAAGACUGUUAGUAGUGAGUGAUCAACUAUGUAAAAGCAUAAAGUAAUAUGGUGAAGUCUAUAUUCCUAUCUUACUCCCUCUGUGUAGAAAGGAAAUAUUUGAAUAAAGAAAAUGUAUGUUUGAAUUGUCA